AUGUAUGGCUUCCACAAAAUUAAUCGCACUCCCCGGGCACAACGGACUACAUCUGAUGCGCAGACUUGGGAGUUUUCACAUCACAAGUUUCUACGGGGUCGCCCUGACCUUCUCGAUGAGAUAAAACGCAAGGCGUUGGAGCCUGACCCAGGCCUGAAGCAUCGUGUAGAGCUGCCGGGAGAGGUUGCCGCUCAGCUAGCUGCCAUGCGUGAAGAAAACCAGCGCAUGUGGGAUCAACUCAGUGCUGAACGUCGUCGUGCAGACAAACUCGUUUCAGUCGUGAGCCGGCUCUGGGAUGUCGUCGGCAAAGGGUUUGGUGCAGGAAGCGUUCCCGCUUUCCCUAUGGAACUGCUUGAACCGAAUAUUUUUGUGACUUCUCCUCGCGGUUACGAGUCAAAUUCUCCGGCAGGCGAAUACUCCCACCCACCUCCACCCCAUCACGCCCCCUCCCACUCAUUGUCACGACAGCAGAGCUUCCAACAUAUGACAUUCGCUCAUGGCCGGGAGACGGGCUCUCCAAUGCCAGCUUCUCCAAGUUCGAUUGCGAUGGAUAUGUUCGAUGAUUCGGAGCCUCGAAAGCGACCGCGGAUGAUGCCCACUGAGGAAACCCAUCCAAAUGGUAGUCCUCAUCCACACCAUUCAGCCAGCGUAGACUCCCUGUCACCACCCAAGCCACGUGCCAGUCGCGCACGAAGCGACAGUGCUCCCCUUGGCUAUGCCAUCCCUCCCAAUAACCUUGGGCCUUCUUGGCCAACACCAACGGGUGGGGGUCGUCCCCGAAGCGGGAGUGGACUGUCUCACAUGGGUGCGGGUCGUGGCUCUAUGCCCAUUGGCAUGGGAGGAGGAAUGCCCAAUAACGCACCCAGUCGUUGA